AUGGCACAGAGACCUUGCUACAAGAAACUGCGGUUACUUGGUCGUCCAGAUCUGGCUCGAUCCAUAACCACUACCAGUGUCUACAAAGCGAGGAACUGUGUACUGUGGGUGGAUGAAAAGCUGCGGGUGAAGGUGACAGACAGCGCACUCUCCAGAGACCUGUACCCCCAGGACUACCACUGUCUCGGGGACAACGAGAACCGGCCGGUCAAGUGGUUGGCGUACGAGUCCCUCGUACACAGAACCUUCUCAGCUCCUUCCGAUGUCUGGUCGUUUGGAGUGCUGCUGUGGGAACUGAUCACCUUGGCCCAACAGCCUUACUCUGAAGUGGAUCCUUUCGAGAUGGCGGCUUACCUGAGGGACGGCUACAGGCUCGCUCAGCCGCUCAAUUGUCCAGACCAAACUAUUCGAAGUUAUGACCUGCUGUUGGAUCGCCGACCCCGAGGACCGCCCGUCCUUCUCCCAGCUGCUCGACUGUCUGUAUGAUUUCUCAAACGCGCUUGGACGGUACAUCUAGAUAGUUUCAGUGUUUCAUAUCACGUGUUUGUUAUAAGUAU